UCUGCCCGCCCGCCCCCCCAAAUUUCAACCACCUAAUCGACCUUCCCUCGACAAAACUUGUGUGGGACCAAAAAACCUACCCUCGACAGUGGCCAAGAAAGAAGGGGGAAAAAAAGCCAUAAAAAAUAAAACAAGAGCCGAAGGCCCGCCUCUCGGUUUCUCUUACACGCUUUGUGCUUGCUUUGCAACGCGGAAUCAAAAACUUACAGAGACGAUUAAAUUCAUUAAUUGGCCGUUUUCCUCGGCACCUGUCAGCAGGAGAAGAAAUUCGCAUUCGCUUUUCCCGCAUCAAGAAAAACCCAUUGAACAACAAGCAAUUGUGAACGGGGAUCUUACCACCGGACACCCAUCGGACGUCGCUUCUAUAUACAGACAGAUCAAUCGCGAGCCGAGCCGACGACAGUAUAUCAUUAAGAGAACGAUAAAGUAAAACCUUUGGGCAGAUCGUCACUAUGAGUGCAGCCAUCGCCAUGGCUCCCUCCCCUGCUCCCCAUGACAGGCCAUCUUUCCCCUCGGACCUGUCAUCUCCAUCCAACUCGCGCACCGCAUCUGCGCCCUCACAAUUGUCACUUGCCGCCCCGCCCAACGCGACAACCACACAAAGGUCCGGAAGCGGAAGUCCACGAGGCUCCAGGACGGCCAAUGGCCCCAAAUCAUCACCCCCUAGCGCCUCAAGAAAUGGCGUUGCCCCCAAGAUAGUGGUCAAGAAGGAGCCCGGCUCCCCUGAGCACGCGCCUCGGAGGCGCCCUGGUAGGUUGGAUCUGUCCAAGGGCGGAUCUAAUGCGGCUGGACCCAGCACCGCACGGCCAUUGACCGCCAGGGAUGGGCUCGGAAUCCAAGAGGUUGGGCUGGCAUGCCUCUCGCCUGGGUUCGUCACUCAGGAUCCGGUCAUGAAGGAGCAGCUUCAGCGCAGCAUGAGUGUGCGAGAGCAGCAGCGACACAUCAUCGAGGCCCGUCUUCAGCAGCAGUCGGCCAAGGGUGAUGGGCCAGACCACACCAAGGACAAGGAUGGCGGUAACUUUGCGGCGAAAACCCCAGGCAUCUCAUCUCGGAGGAACAAGGCGCCUCCGGGACUCAGCAUCGUUGCCCCGUCUCACGAACAAUUUGCACAUGAGCGCGUCAUCCAGUCGGCUCCGCUUGGCCAAACAUUUACCGGCAUGCAGAACUCGCAACCUCUAACCCGACACAUCACGAACCAGCCGUCCAAGCUAUCCAACACAUCACACAUCCACCAUGUCCCGGCAACACAGACGAACAACCGCCUACCACCCAUAUCUGAUGUUUUCGGCCAGGGCUUAUCUGGUCACCCCGAGUCUGGCGGUCAUGCUGUGUUUGCUCAACAGAGCGCCGCCCGUGCGCCUCCCGCGUCCCCAGGACAUGCGCACCUCCAGCAAAUGCAACAAGCACAACACCAGCAGCCCCCGCACACGAGUAGGCCGAGGGAGUACAAGUCGGCCGAGGAAGCCCAGCAAGAGCUUGCUGGCGGCAGGCCAGAGCUUCUUCCCAAGAUUGUCCACUACGGUGGCCACCAGCCGCCUACCCCUCCUUCGCCCCAGCCUGGCCAACAGAGAUCUUCCGCUGCGGAUCCAAGCCGCAGUGCCAGCCGGAGACGCACGCGUGCCGAGUACGAGGAGGGUGCUUCUCCCCCGUUGGGCACCGGUCGCGGACCACGCCGUAUGCCGUUUGGCGAGGGUCGCGACAGCCCUGAGUCUCAACGCGCCAAGAGGGAAGAGUUCUUACGUCUUUGUGAACGGGCAUGGGACCUGUUCCACUCUUGAGCCUGUGCGCGCUAUUGUUCAGUAAGCUGCUUUAGCUUUCUGUGUAUGGAUAUUUUGCCGGCGUUCUUGGCAGGUGAGGCUGCGCGUGUGGGUCGGAGUCGACUUUCGGAACAUCUCAACGAAUAACUUCUUUCUACGUCUCCCGAAGGGGGUCAAUUUUUCUUCUUUGGAUUUAUACUCUUCGUAUCUCUCGUUGAGUCCUUUAGUACCUUGGACAUACGCUAUUGGGGGCUGGUCACUGGGGGAGCGGUUUUGGACGGUAAUGUCUUCUGUGUACACUUUUUUUGCCUGGUCGCUCGGGAAGCCGCACGGGACAGGUGUGGUCUCUCAAGGAUGAUUAGGAUUUAUCCUUUGCUGGUUUUUUUUGGGGGUUUUUUUUGGGGGUUUUUUUUCAAGGCGCGAGUGGGCUGGAACAGGACUAGUAUCGAUGAUAACCUUGCAAUGCGGGAGACACCUCCUCGUUUGGCAAUUUCCUUCUCUUUUCCGAUAUCUAUUACAAUUUCCUGUUUAUUAUAUCGUCUUGACUUGUUAGUUUUGAUAUCUCGUCGCUGGGACAGCUUGGCCACGAAAGUUCUUUGGAAAAUAUAAGAGGAAAAAUGGUUUACACUAUACUGCUAUGGCAAAUCAG